UUCCCCUGGAAGGAGUUAAUGUGUCCUAAUUUUUUCAAUAUACUACUUGAAAAAGAUGUGUUCUUUAGUGUAAUUGGAGGUGGUCAGUGGAUAAAUAUAGAUGAGGCAAUAUUUGACCAUUUUGAGGACAUUCCAAUGGGAACUCAACAGCUUAUUGUGAGACUUCUUCUAGAAAACAAUGUACCAAUUGUGUCCACAAGAGACUAUCCACACGUCAUGAAUGCUGUUUUGUUGCACAGUAAGCACAAAAUUAACAGUAUCACACCUAGUCGUGUUCGGGAUACCCUACGGAAUGUUUCGUUAUGCAGCCUAGCACGAAGAGAGAAGAUCUGUUUACUGACAUAUUUACUAGCUGACGAUGAUUAUGAUGACCUUCAUGGUUUUGAACUGCUUCCACUUGCAGAUAGUUCGUUUUGUAGAUUUGCGUCUAAAACUCUCACAGACGACGAAGUGGUUUAUUUCUCUGUACUACAUGAGUGCUCAAUGGACUUAUUACCAGGCCUUCGCAGCAGAUUCCUUGAUGAAAAUAUUGAGAAAUCACUAAAGGAUAAGAUUAUUCGUGGAAGCCAAAUGACAGGAAUUAAUCAAGUUCAACAAUUGAAACCAAACAUGAUUGCAACUUUAAUCAGAGAUGCAUUACCAUCCGAUUGGUCGAAAUCAGCCGAGGUUAUGUGGUAUCCAGGCCAACCUGAUCACCCUCCACGAUGCUGGCUCAAGAAAUUCUGGAGCUUCUUACAAGAAGUUUCCAAAAAUGAUAUUAGUAAAUAUGAGGGGAUUACCCUGAUCCCGACAAGAUUUAGUGAAGACCAAACUGAGGUCAAAUUAAUUCAACUUGUCCGAAAUUCUAAUAUUGUAGUUAUCGAUGGCCAUCGAGAUUCAAAUGUUGAGGCUAGGCUGGUUGAGGGCAUACUGCCUUCUCUACAUUUGAUUCCAGUGAAUCUUGAAAAUGCAGGAUUUGUGAAAUUUUUUCGAAAAAGCGUUUGGAAGACCUACUUACACAGUUUAGAACCUAAUGAUAUCUUGCGGGUUUUUGCCGAUGCUGGUACUGGCAAAAGUCUUCAGAAUGAUGUGAAGAACCUUCUUGCAGAAGAUGUACAAGUAUUUCGAAGAUUCUUGGGAAAUAUUAGAAGCCUUAAAGACGAUAGUCAACGAAAUGUGUUACUUAGAAUUCCUGUUUUUGAAGAAGCAACUCAUGUCCAGGGUUACAUUAACUGCAGCGUCUUUCAGUCUGCAGUCGUCAACGAUAAAGAGCUAAGAAUAGUGAAUAAAGAAGAACUUCCAGACUUUCCAACAGAAGAGAUAUUUCUUGACAUAUCAGAUGCAGAUUCCAAUAUUUUAGCUUCUACAUUGGGCCUUAAAAUGUGCCUGCGAGAAGAGGUUCUGUGCCAAAUGGUUCGAUGUUCAUCGAAUGAAGAUGGAGAUGUAACUUCAUUAAUUAUGUGGAUAAUGGAUAGGUGGGAUGAAUUUCAGCCAUCGAAGAGGAAAAUUAUCAUAGAUACAAUUAAAAAAGAACCAUUUGUUCCUUUACCUGACGGGAGCCAUAGAAGACCAUCAGAAUGUUUUGAUCCGUCAGAUGAACUUCUGGCACAGUUAUUUAGCGAAUGCUUGGAUGUCUUUCCUACCUCACCAUUUGGUAUUAAAUAUCGAA